CGUCGCCCACGGUUGCUUUGGAAACCGCGUGCAUGGCGGCGUUCUGACAGGUGUCCAACCGCAGCGCGCAGCGCCAGGAGGCGGGAGGUUCGGUGGACUCUUCGGUCACUACACGGAUGCCCGUGCCCGCAGUGUCGCCCGGGUCCCCAGAAAGGCUCGUGUCGCCCGCGCUGGUCGCCGAGCCGCCGGGGAAGAACCUGUGGGAGCAGAUCUGCGAGGAGUAUGAAGCCGAGCUGCCUACCCUUCCAGAAGGAUACAAAGUGAAACAGGAAGCUGCUGUCACAGUGAGCUCGGUCUCACCGUUGGAUGAGCUGGUUCCUCAUGGCUUCAACAUGGAGCACUACCUCCCAGUGCACCCAUUCCCAGUGAUGCCUCCUGUGCCUUGUCCUCCCAGGAAGGCAGAAACGGUAGAGCCCAAGACCUGUUCCCCCAAAGAUUAUCUGGAAAUGUUCAUCUUUCCAGUUCUGCUCCCUGGAAUGGCCAGCCUGCUUCACCAAGCAAAGAGAGAAAAGUGUUUUGAGAGGAAGAGAACCAAAUUCAUUGCCUGCGAUUUCCUGACUGAGUGGCUAUACAAUCAGAAUCCGAAGAGGGCAGGGGAGCCAUUCACAGAAUUCUUCUCCAUUCCCUUCGUGGAGGAAUGGCUCAAGGGCCACCCUCGGCCACCAAUCCCCCUCUCGCUCCUACUGACAGAAGAAGAAGCGGUGAUCAGGAUCCAGUCCUUCUGGAGAGCCUAUCUGGUUCGCUGCGACCCUGAGAUCCAGGAGCUGCGGCAAUGGCAGAAGAAGCUGCGUGAGGACAAGCAUAUCCGGCAGCGUGUGAAGAUCUUCUGGGCCAAGCAAGAGCAGAAAUUGAGAUGUAAAAUGGAGGAGGAGGAAGUGGCUGCUGCCUCGGUGCCACCAUCUUAAUAACACCAGCCACUCCACACCCAGGCUGCACAUUGCCCAAGACGAGCUCCUUCAGAAGCCUUAGUACGGUGGAUUCACAACCCUUUGCAUACAGGCCGGGUUUGUGUCAGACAAGCUUAGGAAAGCGUCCCUUGCUUUCUGCUUUACCCCAAAUACUGUUUUUUUUUUUUUUUUUUUUUUUUUUUUUUUUUUUUUUUUCUCACAUAUACUUCUCCACGGUGUCUGGUGUGCCAUUCUGAGCCACUGCACUUGAAACAUCUAGUGAUGGCCUCCGUCACCGUUUGCCCACUUCUGCUAAGAUCUGUAUUUUAAUUUAUCUCAAAUCUCUGUUAGCUCUGUUUUGGUUUUGUUGUUGGCCUAACAAAUGAGGCGAGGCUCAAGAACUGAGCUGUGUUUCUAGCUCAAGAAGAGGCAGCCGAUGCAAAGGAUUUCCAUUGUCUAAGCCCCAAAGGGGUCACAGCAGCGCCUUUUAACUAACGGUCCUCGUCUGUUCCGUGGUCACGCUCCCCAGGAUUCUCUCAUUUGGAAGGCCCCAGACACAGCUGAUGGCCUCCUUGGUAGUAGUGUUUGACAGGCUUCCACGCGUCUUAGGUAAAUAGUAAAGCCUUUAUUUUCUUGUUACGAACAGCAUUUUGAAAAUAAAACCUAUCUGCCCAUGCUUAACAACCUUUUCAGUCUGUGAUAUUUAUAUGUACAUACUGAUUGUCUUGAAAUUUCCCAAACAAUUUUGUUUAUAAGUAUGCAAGUCAGCCAAGGUGGGGGAAGAGUGAGGGUACAUUAUAAAAUACACAUUAAUACAUUUAAUAAAUAUAUAUUAUCUAUCAAAAAUGAGCCAUAGCUCUUUAUGAAUAAAAAGCACCUGCCAGGGGCUCUCAUCGGCUCACAUGGUUGCUACAUCCUUGGAUGUGUGAACGCCAGCGCCCCCUUCUACUUUCCAAUUUGGCAAACCCAAGAGACAACCCUUCUCACCCUGUCUGCAUUCCUCUGCUGGCCUGACCUCAUCUGUGUGGGGGUGGGGUAGACAACAACCAGAUCUUAACCUUGGAGACAGCCUCUCCCCUCUGCCACUGUCCCACCGCCUUGGCAAGGGACUCCAGUUAGGAGGGGACAGAGGAGCUGCCAUUGUCCCAGCGUGGUGUCGCUACCCGGGCAUGCUAGGUUGUGCUUACAGCUUGGGGUUAUUCACAGAGGACUUUCUAGACCAUUUCCCGCAUCAACUCUUAAACAGGUGCCGUGGAUUCUGUACUCCAGCCUGGUUCUGUUGGAAGCCGGCUGCAGUCUCUGGGUGGAGUUGCCUCGCGAUCCUCUUCAGGUGAGCUCGGAACUCAUUAGAAAAAUAGCAGAUGGCGCCCUUCUUCCUUUGCUCCCACCUCCACCCCUAGUGUCUAAGAACAUCCAGCCCACCCUGAACCUUAAAUUAGCCAAGAUAAAACAAAGCCCAGAAGCGCAAUCACCUAUCAGGAUGGGAAAGAAAAAAAAAAAAAAAAACAAAACUGCAAGGCCUCACUAAGCGAGGCGUCCUGUGGCUCAGAAUGGUUCUGCUUAUACAGUGCAGAAAUGUUGCUGCUUUCUGCACAGCCAUUUGCACGGUGCUCACCUUAUACGCGGAAAACCAAGAGCUUACAGAGAAAACCAUCAAUCAUGUCAGCGUCUCCCUUCUGCAAGGGGGGCUUUUGCAGACCAAGUCACUGGUGACAUCAGAAAGCUCCAAAGGACUCCAGAGAGCGGGGGUGGGCAGCCACUUCCUGGCACAAGAACGCGGAGUGCUGGCGUUUGUCACCGGACUGGCCCGAGGUGCUCAUAGAUCUCUUUGUAGAAGGCUGGGUAGUGCAUGCAAGAGCCCCAGCCCCACGCAGCCCUAGCUUUCUUUCCCUCCAAACCCUCCUCGAGCUUCGAAGUUCUCAGCCCACCACAUGAUGGUCCUUAAGCAUGAAGGACUAGCUGGAAUUCUCUGGAAGCAAGCACAUGCUCUGAGUGGGAGCAGGGCAUCCCAGAAGACCGGGAAGGGGAGGCCUUUGGGUGUCAUGCUCUCUGGUUCCCAUGCGUGGUGAUGCGCUAGCUGGAAGGAAAACUCGCAGGAGAGCCGAGCACUAGGCAGACUGGCCUCAUCCCCCUAAGGCUCUGCAAAGGCAGGGGAGGGAAGGGGAGGGAGGGGAUACAGCAGAGACUGGGGUCUUGAGAAAAAUCAGAUUUAUUAAAACACUCAGCUCAGAUGUUCUGGCUGAAGAAGAGGUCAGUCCCCACCCCCGCCCCCAAAUACUAACCUUUUCAAUUUUGCUUUCAUUAAAGGUUAAAGGCUUGUGGGUAGUUUUUUUUUUUUUUUUUU